ACCAUGAAGAGCACGAACGGCGAAGCUUCUUCAAUGGGCUACGAGUUUUCCAGAGUUAGCAUCAAGGAUGCAAAAUCUAAGCCGCCGAUGAUAUAUUCCGAUGGUUUUUUUGGAGGGAGAGACGUGAUGAAAGUCGUGUUAUUAGUCGCAACCGUGACACUUUCUUGUCUAUUAUUCUACAAAUCUGCAAAUAAUCCACUCAACAUGAUGUUGUUUCCAUCGAAUACCGAUUGCUAUUCUUCAAAAGUCAUAAACGAGACUUUCUUAGAAACAGUACCAAGGAAGGAACCUGUUUCAAAUUUAGAAAGAGUAUUAAUGAAUGCGGCUAUGGAGGAUAACACGGUGAUCAUAACAGCGUUAAACCAAGCAUGGACCGAACCAAACUCAACGUUUGAUGUGUUUCGAGAGGGUUUUAAAGCCGGAAUAGGAACGGAGAGGCUAUUGAAGCAUGUGAUCGCGAUUUGCUUGGAUAACAAAGCAUAUGAUCAGUGCCUAAAGGUUCAUCCUCAUUGCUACUUGAUCAACGCCACGGAUUCAGACCAACUCUCUGGGCCAAACAAAUUCAUGACUCCUGGUUACUUAAAACUCAUUUGGCGGCGAAUGGAUCUUCUUAGACAAGUUAUUGGUUUAGGGUACAACUUCAUCUUCACGGAUGCAGAUAUAAUGUGGCUUCGAAAUCCAUUUCCUCGGCUAUAUCCAGAUGGAGAUUUCCAAAUGGCUUGUGAUCGAUUCUUCGGUGAUCCUAAUGACUCAGACAAUUGGGUAAAUGGAGGCUUCACUUACGUGAAAUCAAACCACAGAAGCAUCGAGUUCUACAAGUUUUGGUACAAAUCACGUCUAGAUUAUCCAAAGUUACAUGACCAAGAUGUGUUCAACAAAAUCAAACACAAGGCCUUAGUCUCGGAGAUUGGAAUCCAAAUGAGAUUCUUUGAUACGGUUUACUUUGGUGGGUUUUGUCAGACGAGCAGAGACAUAAACUUGGUGUGUACAAUGCAUGCUAAUUGUUGUAUUGGAUUAGAGAAGAAGCUUCAUGAUCUUAAUCUCGUUCUUGAUGACUGGAGAAAGUAUUUUUACAAACCAGAAAUCAGAUUCACUGGUUCGACUUUCCGAAAACGUAUUCCUUAA